AUGAGCACGACGAAGUCCAUCACAUCACAAACCAAAGCUGAAGAGAAUGCAUCAAGGCCACUUAGCGGAAGAUUUAUAUCGAUGCAAAACGAUCUUUCCGGAUCGAUGCUGUCUACGAUUCUUCAGAGAAACGCCAUCAGCGUUGUGGACAACAAAUAUGCGCAUUACUGCAAUUGGUAUCCGCAAUGGAUUCGCGAACAAGUCGCUAACAUGCCCUCUGAAUUUAAGCAUUCAAUCCCGGAUAUUCGCAUUACAUAUGACGAAAUCGCCAAACACGCGAAAGCCGAUCACAGUCUGGACAGGAUUGCACACAACUUGCUUCAGCGCCGGAUGAUUGUUCCAGAAAACGAGCUUGACGCGACAAGACUCGCCCAGACGAUUGUUUUCAUGAUUUUGGGCUGGCAAAGCAUGCUCUAUUAA